UUGUCAGAUCUUUUUCGGAAAGAUACUGGUAUCCCAAAACCAGCAACAGCGUUCGCACAGAUGACUUCCCUGCCAUCUCAGUGCGAUGAAAAGGAAAGGAAGUAGACGAGAUGCAUCGCCUCAAUCCUUCUUAUUACUACAGGUACCAGUUGGUCCUCUUUGUGUUCCUUUUGAUUUCCAUCACUGCUACACAUGCGAUCCAAAUCUCGGACCAAGAACGGCGCGAAGGAUUUGCAGCUCGCAACUACAGCUGGCCCAUUGAGAAAAUGGUCCCUCCCACGGAAGGAUGGGAUCGUCUGAUGCGACGAAGAAUACGUCAAGUCGAAGCACUUGAGUCUACACGCACGGGAAAAAUCGACCAAUGGGCAUCCGUGUUGGGCCAAGCCUUGGUACUUCCCAAUUUUACUCAAUUUGGAUGGGCCGUUGCCAAAGCACCCGAGGAGCUUACGGCAGAACUGCAACAAGCCGUACAUUCUAGAAUGCACGACCACGAGAAAACGUGGGAGGAAGACGAUAUCGCCAUUGUGGGUGAUUUCAAACCACUCAUGGUGGAAAUGCUACCAGGAUUGAUUGACAAGGCAUUGACAAGGUUGCAUCCCUACCACGAAGCUUGGACGGGGAUACCCCUCAAAAAACAAAAGGGGUAUGGACUGCGAAUCUACAAGAACAAUUCACAACUCUACAUGCAUCUAGACAAGAUGGAGACACACAUUAUUAGUUGCAUAUUCCACAUUGAUCAUUCCGAUGACGCACAGCCCUGGCCACUCGUCAUUGAAGAUUUCGAAGGGAUCACCCAACAUGUGCACUUGAACAAGGGCGACAUGCUACUAUACGAGUCGGCCAAGUGCUUACACGGUCGACCUAUACCAUUCGAGGGAAGUUGGUACACUUCGUUAUUCCUUCAUUAUUCUCCACAAGACUGGCCCUUUGAAGGAAGAAGUUGGGAGCCACAAUAUGCCAUGCCGGAUCAUUGGGAAGAAGUCCGUCCCUAUUCAGAUAGCGAUCAAGAACAGUUUGGUGAAUCACUCCCACAUUUAAUUGCCGUCGACACGGCCAUGUACGAACAAGGGUGUCCGAACAAAUGGUGUGGUGUCCAAGACAAGGCGUCUUGGAACGGAGUGGCCAAAACAAACGUGGCCGUUACAUCUCAUGGAAUAGAGGAAGUUCUUUCCAUCGUAGAGAAAGCGAGCAAUAGUGAAGAGACUACCGUUAGAGAUGACGAGCUUUGACGACAGCAAAUAAAUAAUGGCCAGAAGCAAAAACAAUUUGCUUAGAGAAUUGUCGUUCUUUCGGUUGCUAUCCAGACAAUGAAAGACCAGAGAGAUUACUCAAAAAGGGUUGCUCUUCGUUGCAGAUUGUAGCAAGACAAUGAAAGCGGAACUUUAGCUAGCCACCAGCUCAUACUAGUAGCUUUGCGGUCUCUCAAUCUCUCAAUCUUCCUUCCGUGCUGAAUGUCUCGCUUUGAGUACCGGCACUACCAGAAGCUUUAGAGGGAAUCGAGAUAGGAUUUGUUAAAUCCCAUUGGAUCUUUCUUUUGGAUCUUUCCCACGCAAA